UGAUAAUUUUUAGGGGUGUAAGUAUAAUUGUGGCAAAAUUCCAUAGAAGCCAAAAGUCAACUUUUCAAGGUAGUUACAUGCGGCCGUACGUUAGAUGUUGUGAGCACGUGCAUGCGUUGACCACGUGACGAUCAAUCCCUAAGAAUUAAGAAAAAGGGGAAAAAGCAAAAAGAAAGAAGAAAACAGACAAAAACGAAGCACAGUUGGGUCGUAAUCAUUCAUUAUCCGGGUCGGGUCUGUCCGCCUGACGAUCACAUUUUACAGCCCCACUGCAUGUCCUCUCUCUCUCUCUCUCCUCUUCCCUCGCUCCAUUUUAUUAUCCUAUAUUUUUUUUAUUUGAUUUUUGUGAUACAAUGAUCAACGGGAAUGUGGUAUGAUAUCCAAUCACAAACGGGAAUUAAUUUGUCUCCCUCUCAUUCUUCUCCCUAACCUCAAACCCUGAAACUCUGGAUUAAUCAAUUGACUACUGUCUCACUUGCUUCCUAGAUUCUCUGUUCUUGAAUUAAUUCUUGGCUUUGUUCAUUUCUUGAGCUGAAAUUUGGGUCAAGAAAAGCAAUAAUUUACUCUUGAGGGUCAAAACCCUUUGCUGGGAUUGCGAUAUUUGAUCUGGGUUUGUUGAAUUGUUGCUCGUAGCAGUGAAUUUAUGAUUGCAUUAUGGCUGAUUGGUAAAUUGCGGGAAAUCUGUUUGUUAGUUAGGUCUAAUUGAGGGGAAAAAUUGGGAUACUUGAUGCGGAGAAGGGGUUUUGGAUCCGAUCAGGGAUAAAACAGCGCCAUUAGAUGGCGCUGUUCAGAAGGUUCUUCUAUCGAAAGCCGCCGGAUCGUCUUCUAGAGAUCUCUGAGAGGGUCUACGUGUUCGAUUGCUGCUUCUCCAGUGAUGUGCUCGAUGAAGAUGAGUACAGCACAUACAUGAAUGGGAUUGUAGCUCAGCUACAGGACCACUACCCUGAUGCUGCUUUCAUGGUUUUCAAUUUCAAAGAAGGGGACAGGAGGAGCCAAUUAUCUGAUGUAUUGACUCAGUAUCCUAUGAAAGUCAUGGAGUAUCCUCAGCAGUAUGAAGGGUGUCCACUAUUACCUUUGGAGAUGAUGUACCAUUUCUUGCGAUCUAGUGAGAGCUGGUUGUCACUUGAGGGCCAACAAAAUGUUCUUUUAAUGCAUUGUGAAAGGGGAGGAUGGCCUGUCCUUGCAUUUAUGCUAGCUGCCCUUCUGCUGUACAGAAGACAGUAUACUGGUGAGCAGAAGACUCUUGAAAUGGUAUAUAAGCAAGCACCGAAGGAACUUCUUCAUCUUUUGACUCCUUUGAACCCGCAGCCAUCUCAGCUCAGAUAUCUUCAGUACAUCUCUAGAAGAAAUUUUCGGUUGGAUAGGCCACCAUCAGAUUCACCUCUGGAGUUGGAUUGUAUAAUACUCAGAAUCCUUCCUCUAUAUGAUGGUGGAAGAGGAUGCCGGCCAGUAGUCCGUGUGUAUAGUCAGGAUUCUCAUUCGAAAACAUCCAGUAGAAGUUCAAAGCUUUUGUUUACAACUUCUAACAUGAAAAAACAUCUUCGUUUCUAUCAACAGGAAGAGUGUGAACUAGUAAAAGUAGAUAUCAAUCGGCGUGUUCAAGGAGAUGUUGUUCUUGAGUGUGUUCAUUUGGAGGAUGAUCUAGUAACACAGGAAAUUAUUUUUCGAAUUAUGUUCCAUACAAGAUUUGUUCGGUCAAAUGUUUUGAUGCUAAGCCGUGAUGAAAUUGAUCUACUUUGGGAUGCCAAGGACCAAAUUUCAAGGGAAUUCAGAGCAGAGGUACUCUUUUCGGAUGCAGAUUCUGUUCCAUCUAUUAUCACCUCAGAAGCGAUAGAUGAAGAUGAUGAUGAAUCAGUUGCGUCACCUGAGGAAUUUUUUGAGGCAGAAGAGAUAUUCAGCAGCUUGUUGGAUGGGAAGGAUGGCAGGGGGGAGUUUGAUAACCAUACAAUUCAAGUUAGAGCUCAGGACGAUGAAAGCUAUCAUAAAGUAGCCAGGAAAGAUGAUUUGCAACAUCAUGCAUUUCAGGGUUAUCCAGCAGAUGAGGCCAUUCACAGACAUGAUCGCAAGAUGGAGCCUAACAGUAAUUGGCUGGGCAAAAGGAUUCUUCAUUCAGAGUCUAGGUCUGUGAUAGCUGAUGUGUCCAGUAAUGCAGAAACCAAAUCGGAGGAUGCUGGCAUAUGCAAAAAGUCUGAAGAAAAGGAGAAUAAGCAAAGUCCAGAAGUGCCUACUUUAAUGAAGAAGAUUGACAAGCAAGGUCCACAACAGAAGUUUGCCUCUGAUAAUAAUAAGCAGAAGUUGGAUAAAGGGCUAUCAACUGUCCAGAAGAAGCAGUCAGUUUCUAGUUCAAAAUCUGCUUCAGAUGCUGUUGGUGCCAGCAAGAAAACUAAGCAGCAAGACUCGCAAAGCUCUCCAGCAAGACUGGCAAGGCCCAAUUCAGUAUCGAGGUGGAUACCUUCUAAUAAAGGUUCUUACACUAAUUCGAUGCAUGUAUAUUACCCUCCGUCAAGGCAUAACAGUGCUCCAGCAUUGCUAGCUCUUAGCAAGGAUUCUCCAUCUGGGGGGAAAUCUAAGCCCCAGUUGGUUACUGCGGCUUCAGAAGCAAUAGCCACAGCUGGCAGAAACUCUGUUUCAGGCCAUGGGAAGCAUGUGUCUUGUCCAUCAUCACUAGAUUUGUCACUGGCCCAAGAGGCUUCUUCCCCAACUUUUUCUUCAAAUCCACAAGUUGGACAUGAGGUCCAGGAACUUAUUCCAGAUCAGCUGCCACCUUCACCUUCCUUCCCGUCUACUUCUUCUCCACUCCCUCCCCCUCCACCACCACCACCACCACCACCACCUCCCACUUCCAGAUAUUUAAAUGAACCUGCUUUACCAUCUACAACAAUUCCACAGGCCAGAGAGCUGAGUGUGCCUCCACCUCCACUCUUUUCAUCUGAAAGUACUGUUACUUCUUUUCGUCCAAGAUCACCACCAUCACCCCCACCUCCACCGCCCAAAACUCUAUCUUGUGAAAAUGUAAAUUUUACUGAUUUAUUGCCUUCCCAUCCACCUCCACCUCCACCUCCAUCUCCACCCUUGCUGUCUCUAAAUGCAAGCUUAAGAACAACUCUGCUGGGAACUCCAUCUCCUACCCCUCCUAGUGCGCAGAAUAUUAGUAGAGUUUUACCGCCACCACCUCCACCUCCACCACCACCUUGGGAUGCUGGAAUUUCUUUGCCCGGGGUUUCAACAGUAUCAAGUUCUCUACCUCUUUUUCCUCCUUCGACACAUUCUGCUCAUGUCUUACAAAGUUAUCCUACUGGGGUAAUGCCCCCUCCACCUCCUCCACCUCCUCCACCUCCUUCUGUCCAUGAGGUUCCUUCUUUCUUUUCGCCUAGUACCCUACCACCUUCACCUCCUCCUCCUCCACCUCCUUCUGUGCAUGGGCUUCCUUCUUUUCCUACGCACAACACUCUACCACCUCCACCUCCUCAAAAUGGUGCUCCACCAGCACCAAUAUCCCUUUCUCAUAGUACAACACCACCGCCAUCCCCUCCUUUGUUUGGAACGCCUUCUCCUUCGCCUCCUCGUAUUCAUGAUGCUCCACCGCUGCCACCCCCUCCUCCAUCUGGCAUGACACCUCCACCACCACCCCCUCCUCCUUUACCCGGAGCACCACCACCACCACCUGCCCCUCCUUUAUUUGCAUUGCCAUCUCCACCGCCUGCUCCCAUUCAUGGUGGUCCACCACCAUCACCUCCAUUUCCUAAUGGUGCACCACCACCACCACCACCACCACCUCCACUUCCUAACGGUGCCCCCCCCCCCCCCCCCCCUCCACUAAUGGGAGGAGCACCACCUCCACCACCCCCUCCACUAAUGGGAGGAGCACCACCUCCACCACCCCCUCCACUAAUGGGAGGAGCACCACCUCCACCACCCCCUCCACUAAUGGGAGGAGCACCACCUCCACCACCCCCUCCACUAAUGGGAGGAGCACCACCUCCACCACCCCCUCCUCUAAUGGGAGGAGCACCUCCUCCACCACCCCCUCCUGGAGGUCAUGCACCUGGCCCACCCCCACCUCCCGGAGCUCCUGGACCUCCAGGAGGGGGACCACCCCCACCUCCACCAUUCGGUGCAAAACCUGGAGCAGACAGUAGGGGGAUGGGAGCUGGCAGAGGGCGUGGCCGUACUGGAACACCUCGAAAAUCUAACUUAAAGCCACUUCAUUGGAGCAAGGUGACCAAGGCAUUGCGAGGAAGCUUGUGGGAAGAAUUGCAGAGGCAUGGGGGAACUCAAAUUGCACCAGAAUUUGAUGUGUCAGAAAUUGAGACUCUUUUCUCUGCCACCCCAAAGACAAGUGCAGCUGGCAAAGCUGGAGCGAAAAAGCCUGCUGAAUCUAAGCCUACCAAAGUCCAGCUGAUUGACCUAAAGAGGGCCUAUAAUGUUGAAAUCAUGCUCACAAAAGUGAAAAUGCCACUUCCUGACAUGAUGGUUGCAGUUCUUGCAAUGGAUGAUUCAACAUUAGAUGCUGAUCAAGUGGAAAAUCUCAUAAAGUUUUGUCCAAAAAAGGAAGAGAUGGAGCUUCUCAAGGGCUACACAGGUGACAAGGAGAAUUUGGGGAAGUGUGAACAGUUUUUCCUGGAGCUGAUGAAGGCACCAAGAGUGGAAUCUAAACUAAGGGUUUUCCUAUUCAAGAUUCAAUUCAACUCUCAGGUUUUUGAUUUCAGAAAAAGCUUGAAUGUCGUAAACUCUGCUUGUGAAGAGGUCAGGAACUCCCUCAAACUGAAAGAAAUUAUGAAAAAGAUUUUGUACCUUGGAAACACACUGAAUGAGGGAACUGCCAGAGGUGCUGCAAUUGGAUUCAAAUUGGAUAGUCUUUUGAAACUGACAGAUACACGUGCAACCACAGGCAAGAUGACACUCAUGCAUUAUCUUUGUAAGGUGCUUGCCUCUAAGACACCAGAUCUACUAGACUUUCACAAAGAUCUUAUUAACUUGGAAGCUGCCACAAAGAUACAAUUAAAACAAUUGGCUGAAGAAAUGCAAGCCAUUAUCAAGGGUUUAGAAAAGGUGAAGCAGGAAUUGGAUGCUUCACAGAACGAUGGUCCUGUAUCUGAAAUCUUUCACAAGACAUUGAAGGAAUUUGUUGGUGCUGCCGAGAGUGAAGUGUCCUCUGUGACGAAUCUAUACUCUGUUGCGGGAAGAAAUGCGGAUGCACUGGCUCUAUAUUUUGGUGAAGAUCCUGCGCGAUGCCCGUUUGAACAAGUUACUGCAACCCUCUUAAACUUUGUGAGGUUGUUCCAGAAAGCUCAUGAAGAAAACUGUAAAGAGGCUGAACUAGAAAAGAAGAAAGCUCAAAAGGAGGCUGAAAUGGAGAAUGCAAAGGGAACAAAUCUAACAAAGAAAGAAGUGAAAGACUGAGUUGUUCAGUGUUUUACAGGAAACAAUGAUUCUUCCACAAUGGUCAGCGUACAUUGGGUUUAACACUGUUGGCCCUCAGACACUGCUGGAUUGACAACACAUUGGCCUUGGUACUGCUGAAUAUUGGAUUUAUGGGUUCCAAGAAAAUGGAGCGAGGGGUUGCUUUCACUGCUUUGCAAAACCUGUUGUUCUGCAGAGAAGGCAAUGAGAAAGUGGUUCAUGGCUCUUUUCAGCUGAGCAAAACCUGUUGUUCUGCAGAGAAGGCAAUAAAAAAGUGGUUCAUGGCUCUUUUCAGCUGCUUCGAAUGAUGCAGGCAGCUGUUUUGUUGUAAGUAACAGGGUUGUGCUUAUUGGAGAAGGGAUUCUUCUCAAAGUGAGAUUUGUAAGAGGUAUGUCUUGGGCCCUCUUAUCUGUCUCGACAGAAAUGUCUCACACGGGUUGGAUUGAUCCAGCGAAUCUGGCUCGCCUUUUGUUUGAAGGACACUGUUCAUUGGUUUCUACAGCUGCACCGCAUUGGCACAUCAAACUUUUGUGAGGAUACCCUGGAAAUGUAAUGCAGAUUGCGGAUCACUAGAAUGUACCGUGACACGUGUACAGAGCACUAACAUGUAUUUAGAUUAACACUAAUUCUUUGUUGUAGCAUAGAAAUUGGUUUGGUUCCUUGUACUAGUCAGGUACAGAUGUGGGAUCUUCCCCAAAUUUGUUGUAUAGCAGUAAGGAUUAGAGAGGAUAGAGAAAAUAGGCUGUGUUAGUGAAUAGAGAUCUAGUCAGGGUACAGUGUUCAAAUUUUAGAAAUUCUGAUGUGUUCCAUUAGAUUCAAUACGUGGAAAGUACUUGGAUAUAUCA